CCACCGCCGCGUGAUCGCCCCGCCUCCCAUGCCGCCGCCCCGCCUCGCCGCACCCUUCCCCUGAGAGCGCGCGUUUCCACGCCGAUCGCGCCGCGCCGCGCCGCGCCCGCCAUGGCGCCCGCGGCCCUCCACCUCCUCGCGAUCCUCUGCCUCGCGUCGACGCGCAUCGCCGGGGCGGCGGCGGAGUGCGGCGUGAACACGAGCCUGGCGGGGUACCACGCGGACCUGCGCAUGUCGCAGCACCAGCUCCGCGGCCGCGUGGAGGUGCUCGACGGCUGCUCGUUCCGCGUCGCCGCGCUCGACCUCCUCCCGGGAUCGGCCUCCGCGCGGUGGUGGCGCGCGGACGGGACCGACCUCGACGCCCUCGCGCGCGGCGAGCCCGCGGCCGCCGACCCGCUGGACCGCACCUUCCGGUUCGAGUCCCUCGUCUUCCGCCUCCUCCCGGGCGUCUCCUGGCCGCGCGUCCCCAUCCUCGCCGCCUACGACCCCCUCACCUCCUCCCUCUUCGGCUUCGUGCGCCUCUCCGGUGCCAACGCCUCCUCCGAUCCCUCAUCCUCCGCCGCGUCCGCGGCGCCCACCAUGCUCGACUCCUGCGCGCAGCUCUCCCCGCGCUUCCGCUUGCGGUGGACGCUCCACGAGGCGAACAACUCCGUCGACAUCGGCCUCGAGGCGGCCGUCGGGUCCGAGUACUACAUGGCGUUCGGGUGGGCGCAGCCCGGCGUGGCCAAGCCGUCCGUGAUCGGCGCCGACCUCGUCGUCGCCGGCUUCACCGAGGACGGCCGCCCGUUCGCCGACGACUACUACGUCACCAAGAACAGCGAGUGCCUGCUGCGCGGGGACGGCUCGGCCGAAGGCGUCUGCCCGGACACGAUCUACGGCCGCAACGACUCCGCCGGCCUCGUCAACGACACGCGCCUCGUCUACGGCCACCGCCGCGACGGCGUCUCCUUCGUGCGCUUCUCGCGCCCGCUGGUGUCCCAGGACAGCAAGCACGACGUCGCCGUGAACGCCACCCGGAACAUGACCGUCGUCUGGGCGAUCGGGCUGCUGCGGCCGCCGGACUCGCUCCGGCCCUACUACCUGCCGCUGGUGAGCCACGGCGCGUCCGCGGGCACGGCGUUCGCCUUCGCCAAGCUCAACUUGUCGGAAGCCGGCAGCGGGUGCGUCGGGCCGUUGGACGCCGACGACAAGGAGGACCAGGCAAGGAUCACGUCGGAGCGCAAGACGCCACUGAUCGUGACGGUGGGGCCGGCGCUGCACUACCCCAACCCGCCCAACCCCGACAAGGUGCUCUACAUCAACAAGAAGGAGGCGCCCCUGCUCAAGGUGGAGCGUGGUGUGCCGGCCACCUUCUCCAUCGAGGCCGGGCACGACGUGCCGUUGUACAUCACGUCUGACCCUGUCGGCGGCAACGCCACGUCCAGGAACACGCCCGAGGUCAUCUACGCCGGCGGACCGAAGGCGGAGGACGUGCGGGCAACACCGACGGAGCUCGUCUGGUUGCCCGACCGGAACACGCCGGACCUGGUGUACUACCAAUCCUUGUAUGAUCAGAAAAUGGGCUGGAAAAUCCAGGUGGUUGAUGGAGGACUCAGCGACAUGUACAACAACAGUGUGCUACUGGACGAUCAGCAGGUGACAUUCUUCUGGACUCUCUCUGGUGACUCCAUUAACAUUGCUGCCCGAGGUGAGAAGAAGAGUGGCUACCUUGCGAUCGGCUUCGGUAGCGCAAUGGUGAACAGCUAUGCUUAUGUCGGGUGGGUCGAUGGCAAUGGCAAGGGGCAUGUUAAAUCUUACUGGAUCGACGGGAAGGACGGGAUGAGUGUGCACGAAACACACGAGAAUGUUACACACAAGAGAUGCCGAUUGGAAAAUGGCGCCAUCAUAUUUGAGUUCACUCGUCCCUUAACACCUUCGUGCAGUGGAAGGGUGGAAUGCAAGAACUUGAUCGACCCGACCACUCCUCUGAAGGUCAUUUGGGCAAUGGGUGCUCAGUGGUCAUCGGGCCCCCUGAGUUUGAAGAACAUGCACUCGGACACAAGCAAUCGUCCUAUCAGGAUUCUUCUGUUGAGCGGUUUGGCUGAGGCAGUGGAGGAUCUGCGUCCAGUGCUUGCUGUUCAUGGGUUUAUGAUGUUUGUGGCAUGGGCUAUUUUGUUCCCAGGGGGGAUCAUGGCUGCGAGAUACCUGAAACAUCUGAAAGGCGAUCUCUGGUUCCAGGCCCACAUCUAUCUGCAGUAUUCAGGCAUAGCAGUAAUGCUCUUGGGCGUUCUGUUUGCAGUUGCUGAGCUCCGAGGUUUCUCUUUCAAAUCCAGACAUGCUAGAAUUGGUGCAGUAGCGUUUACAUUCGCGUGUGCGCAGCCAAUAAAUGCGUAUCUUAGACCGCAUAAAACGGAGAAUAGAGAAUCAUCAUCAAGAAAUAGGAUCGCUUGGGAGUAUUUGCAUCCUUUUACCGGGAGGUCUGCUGCCAUCGCUGGUAUCGUGGCUCUCUUUACCGGCUUACAGCAUCUUGGGCACAGGUAUGGCAGUAAGAACAUCAAGGGGCUUACAUGUGGGCUAAUCUUAUGGUUUUUAAGCAUUGCGUUGGUAACGGCUUAUUUCGAGUACUUGGCAAUUAAGCGGAGAAGAGAUGGUGCUGAUGGCCUUUCAGGAAAAUGGGUGCUUGGCAACGCCGAGGAAGAUGAUACAGUUGAUCUUUUGCAAUCAGACAGGGUAGUCAGUAAAAUGGAGUCUAAUUCAUCAUCUGGGCCGAUGGAAGUACAGCUUGAGCCACUUAAAGGAUGAGAUACUCUUUUCAGUAUACAUGUCGAUAAAAAAAAAGGAUUUUAGUUCAAAUUCUUUAUAGGUAGAACAAGCAGCUGAUAUACGUCUCAGUAUAAAAGAGGGUUCAGUUCAUAUUAUUUUUUAUAUAAGGAAAUGGUGAGGUUCCCAUCUUUGACUUCUUGAGAGGUAUUUACCACAUGGUGUAGAAUAGAUUUUUCUUGUCUUUUGGAGCUUAUUAGGCCCUCUUGUCUUUAAUCUCCUAACUUCUUAGCGACCAUGUAUGUAUAUCUGUACAAUUUUGAUAUAGUUGAGACUGAAAGAGGAUACAAUUAUUUUUGAAAGAUCCUGAGAAUUUUGUGAACCAUUUCUGUAGAUUGAUUUUCUGACAUCUUUUAGAUGAUAUUGUGAUUUGUCUGUUACUUGGAACUAAAAAUAACCAUCCAAUGGAAUUGCAGCGCCCGUCCUGUAGUGGAACUUGUGACCCACAAUUUAUCUGUGGCUACAGUUCUCUGUUGUGCUAUUUUUCACAUUUUUAAUCAUAAGGUUCAUGGCAAUAUACGCCAACCUGAUGCUUUGGUGCAUUUUUGCUUCCUGUUCAAAUUGGCCAAAUGUUAGGCUGAUGAUACUAUACCUAUUUAGUGAUUCUGUGAUAUGUCAUCCCAAAUACCAGAAAUGCAUUUACAUCCAUACUCGUACUCAUCCUUAUCAGCCAAACACGGAUUUCCCUUUUGCUGCCCUGACAACCAGGUCUGUUUGAAAGUGGUUGUCCACUAAUCUUGCAAUUCCACUAACGUGCUGCAGGUUGUUGACCCUGAAGAUCGUCCACUACAACGAUGAGUUGGCUCCAAUCUUCUUCAAGGAAAACAGAGCAGGAUCAAAAUCAAAGGACACAUGGUACAGAAUAGCACAGAUUGAUCUAUGAGGCGGCUGUUAAGUUGGCAGAAUUACCAUCUCAGUUGGUUCCAACCCCAUGACAAACUGGAACAGCUAGAGUUUAACAAGCUAUGACUACGAUGGACGAGUUAUCAUCAUGGUUACCAACACCAGCAAUAUACUAGCUGCUCUUGAGGAAAAGGCUACAGGGGAAUAUAUUCUUGACCAGGAUUAACUACAGCAUAUGAA